AUGGCAGAUGAAGUCAGAGCACAAGUGUACCAUGCUACUGAUUGGCAGAGUGAUGAAGAUGAACAGGAGGUAUUGAAAAACAACUAUAGAAUUCAUGACCCAACCAUCAAGUGGGACAAGAUGGUACCAAAGCUUGGUGACAUCUUUGAAUCCCAUGCCCAACUGAAGUUUUGUGUCACCAAUUAUGCAGUGUCACAUGGCUAUAGAAUAUACUUUGAAAAAUGUGAUAGUAAAAGAAUUGUAGCUAGAUGUGGCAAUAGGAAGGAAGAGAAUAAAUGCCCUUUCAGAAUUUAUGCUGCAUGGAUGUACAAAGAAAGAUGUUUUCAGAUCAAAGCUAUGAAUGGUGACCAUAAAUGUUGUAGGCAGUUUAAGUUUGGGUCCAUUGUGUCCCUUGAAUGGAUUGGAAGACAUUAUGUGACUAAAAUUGCAAAUAAGCCAAAGAUGAAACUUCAGGAAAUGAUUGAUGACAUCAGACAAAGGAUAUGGGAUUAUGCCCAUGAAUUGUUAAGGUCAAACCCGGGGUCAACAUGUCAAAUUGGUGUAACAACGAAUCCAGAUGGAAAGAAUUAUUUUCACUGGUUUUACAUUUGUUUCAAAGCACUAAGUGAUCGUUGGAAAAAAGGGUGUAGGAAAGCAAUUGGGCUUGAUGGGUGCUUUCUGAAGGGGCAAGUGAAGGGUGAACUACUAAUAGCCAUUGGCAGAGAUGCCAACAACCAGGUUUAUCCAAUUGCUUGGGCUGUUGUUGAUGUGGAAAAUAAGUCCAACUGGACAUGGUUUCUUGAACUACUCAGUGGUGAUCUAGACCUUAUUGAUGGAAGGGGCUUGGGUUUGUUACAAUCUGUUAAAUAUAUAUUGCCACAUGUGGAGCACAGGCAAUGUACCCGACACAUAUAUGAAAAUUUUAGAAAAGCUUACACUGGGGUGGAGUUGAAGAAGCUGUUCUGGGCUGCAGGUAUGAGCUGUGUUAAAGGUGAUUUCAAGAGACAUAUGGACACAAUUAAAAAGCUCAAUCCUGGUGCAUAUGAGCAUCUCAUGUCCAAAGAACCCCAAACAUGGUGUAGAGCUUACAUGAGUACAGGGUAUGCAUGUGAGGCAGUGGAGAAUGGUAUAUCAGAGUGCUUCAACUCCAUCAUUGUGGAUUCUAGGAAAAAGCCAUUGAUCACAAUGCUUGAAGAAAUAAGGAUAUACAUCAUGGACAGGUUUGCUCACAUGAUUAAGGAAAGCACUAAAUGGAAUACCUAUAUAUGUCCCGAAGUGUUAAAGAAGAUGAAGCUUUUUGGGAAGAACAUGAGGUUUUGGUUAGUAAUUCAUAGUCAACAACAUGUGUUUGAGGCAAGGAGAGGAUGUGAUAGCUACAUGGUGGAUUUAGAUGGAAGGCAUUAUACCUGCAGGUUAUGGGAUCUGGCAGGGAUCCCAUGUGUUCAUGCCAUUGCAACCAUCAUCUAUAUCCAGCAAACACCUGAUGAGUACAUUGAUCACAUGUUUUCUAAGGAACAAUAUCUUAAGUGUUAUGAUGUGCACAAAAGUACCCACUAA